AUGACCUUCACUACCUCUACCACCACCACCACAACCACAACAACCACGUCCUCCUCCACCUUCACUACCACUACCACGACGCCGCCACCGCCACCUCCUCCUCCUCAACAUCCACCAUCUACACCACCACCUCCACCUCCACUACUGACAUCCCUACUAACUCCACAUUCAUCACCACCACUACCACCUUCACCAACAUCUCUUUCACCACCACCUCCAUCACCACUACUACCACCACAUGAUUAG